UUCCGAAAACUAUGGGCCUUCACCGGACCCGGUUUCCUGAUGAGCAUAGCCUACCUGGAUCCGGGCAACAUCGAGUCGGAUCUGCAAUCCGGGGCGGCGGCCAGCUUCAAGCUGCUGUGGGUCUUGAUGUGGGCGACUCUUCUCGGCCUCCUGAUGCAGAGAUUGGCGGCUCGCUUGGGUGUGGUGACUGGACUGCACUUGGCCGAAGUGUGCCAGAGAAGGUUUCCACCCAUCCCACGAUACUUGCUGUGGAUCAUGGUCGAAAUCGCCAUCGUGGGUUCUGACAUGCAGGAAGUCAUUGGCACUGCUAUAGCGUUUUAUCUCCUUUCCAAUACUAGAAUACCCCUUUAUGCGGGAGUUCUUAUAACAAUUGCUGACACAUUUACCUUUCUUCUUCUGGAUAAAUAUGGUUUGCGGAAAUUAGAGGCAUUUUUUGGAUUUCUUAUUUCUGUUAUGGCAAUUACUUUUGGAUAUGAGUAUUUCACUGCCAUGCCAGAUCAAGGUCAAGUGGUUAAAGGUUUGUUUGUUCCUUGGUGUUCUAACUGUGAUAGUAGAGCUCUUUUGCAAGCUGUUGGUAUUGUUGGUGCUGUGAUUAUGCCUCAUAACUUAUAUCUUCAUUCUGCACUUGUUAAGUCAAGAGAUGUGGAUAGGAAAUCUAAAGAGAAAGUGAAAGAAGCAAACAUGUACUUUUUCAUCGAAUCGGCAGUGGCAUUAUUUGUCUCAUUAAUCAUCAACAUUUUCGUUGUCGCUGUGUUCGCUGAAGGACUCUUUGGUCAUACAAAUAAAGACAUACAUGACUUAUGUGUCAAGGAGAACAGCACUCAUGCAGGUGUGUUUCCUGCUGACAAUGAAACAGUUGAUGUAGAUAUUUACAAAGCAGGUGUGUUUUUGGGUUGCCAAUAUGGUAGUGCACCCCUAUACAUCUGGGCAAUAGGAAUACUUGCUGCUGGACAGAGCUCAACCAUGACGGGAACUUAUUCCGGCCAGUUUGUUAUGGAGGGUUUUUUGAAUCUCAAAUGGUCUCGCUGGAAGAGAGUCCUUCUGACCCGAACCAUCGCCAUUUUCCCCACCCUCUUCAUAGCCGUUUACAAAGACAUCGAUGAUCUGAGUGGAAUGAAUGACCUUCUGAAUGCCCUCAUGUCACUGCAGCUGCCAUUUGCACUUUUACCCACCUUAAUUUUCACGUCAUCAAAAAGUGUCAUGGGAGAUUUCCAAAAUGGAAUAGCUAGUAAAGUGAUCAGCGUUUUACUUGCUAUGGUUGUGAUCGGCAUAAAUCUGUACUUUGUGGACCAGUUUGCCCAAGAAAAAUUGCCAGAUCAUUGGGCAGUAUAUUUUGGUUUAGUUAUUCUAAUGGCGUUUUAUCUCUGUUUUGUUUUAUAUUUGGCACUUUGUUUGAUUUAUGUCUUGGGUGGUAGAAGAGUUGCUCACAUUCCUUAUAUUGGACGAUAUCUCGUCGAACCCUACGACUUACAAGUGCCCUCUUCGGAAUCCAGGACCGAAAUAUCUGAAGAUGACGCUGGUGCAACCUAUUCAGUAUUGGAGAGAAAUGAAGAUUUUUCAACGUAUUAGAAAGGAAGAUUCUUCAAUCUGUUGCGUAGGUUGAAAGAGUAUUGAUACAACUUUUCCCCGAGCCUUGAGGUCCUCUUGGCUUAGUGGUAGAGCACUGGGUUCGCAUGCCACAGGUUUGCAGAGCCAAACCCACUGCGAUCUCCAUUGGAUGCCUCAAAUGCUGCCGCCCACGUUUACUUUUGCUCACCAGAAAUCUAUGAUGUGUAGAAAUAUUACAUUUGUAAAUUUCUGAAUAAUUACAAUUUGUUCUAAUUCAUGAGGCUCUCUACUGUUUUCAAUUUUUUUUAAUACCAACUAGCCGCGUUUACAUGAACUCUUUCGACCCCGGAAAUAACCUGCUUUUAACGACGUUCUGGUUAUCUCCCGGGUAAAUGUGGAGUUUUUUUUUCUCUUGCAUCC